AUGAGGGUUGCCCUCGCCCUAGCUGCUACAGUCUCGGCGCAGCUCGACUGGUCGGAUGACCUGCGCGAGAUCCACGCUAUCGGAAUCCAGAACCAGUGGCUCGUUGAAAAGCUUGCUCCUUCCGCUCUCUUCGGUCGACAUGAGCGACGAUUGAGGAGGCAGGCUGAUGAUUGCCAGGACAACCACCCUCGAUGCGACGAGUACGCCGAAUAUUGCGACAAUGUCCAAUUCGCCACUACUUGCGCCGCUUCCUGCAAUACUUGCGAUACAUCCUCCUCCGAACCUGAGCCCGCCAGUAGUGAUGCCAGCGGUUGUGAAGAUCAACUCGGCUAUUGCGAGCAGAUGAAGGGCUUCUGUGGGAAUCCGAACUAUGAAGGAGUGCGAUUGUACUGCCGAAAAACGUGCGAUUCUUGCGGAGAAGCGAUCGAAGUUGGAACCGAUGGAGCCAGCGCCGAUGCCGAUAGUGUUGUCCAAACCUGCGAAGACGAGGACUUUUGUGUCAACUUUCCAUACUGCCCCGACUCAGAGAUCCUCCGAGAGAGGAUCAAGGCGAGCUGUCCUGUCACGUGCAAAGUGGCCGCUUGUCAAGCUUACUGGACAACUGACGCAACCGAAGCGCCCUUCAAAGAAGCUCCACCAGCCGAUGCCUGCGUUGACGCUUCAAUGGCUUGUUCUGGUGUGACUGAGCUUUGCCAGAAAGAUGACUUCAGGGAUACUCUUGAAACUUAUUGUAAACAGACUUGUGGCUUCUGCAGUGCAGAUGCUGUUGCUGCCGGUGAUGGCGAUGAAGCUUCAGGCGCAUGUGAGAACAAAUAUCCCAACUGUGAUCAGCUUCAAUUUAUGUGCGAAGAGGAACAGUACAAGGGCCCCUUCAUCAAAAUGUGUCCAAUCACUUGCGGUGUUUGCGAGGGCGACGGUUCUGCUCCAGCGGCAACGUCCGAACCAGCUGGUCCAACAAAAUGCGAAGAUACCGCUGAGCACUGUGGCAGUUUAUCUUCAUACUGUGACAAGCCAGAAACAAAGGACAUGAUGGCUCAGCAAUGUGCUCUUACUUGCGGUUUCUGUCAAGCCGAAGGAAGCGAGAACGAUCCUGCUGCGGCUGCUACCGAAGCUCCGGCCCAAGAACAAACACCGGAGGAUGCAUGUGUUGAUACUCCGGGCACUGACUGCCAGAAGUACCUUCUUUACUGCGACAACACCAAUACUCAGAUCCCCAAGGUCUGCAAGAAAUCCUGUGGCCACUGCGGAGCCGAUGCUCCAGCCAAACAAGCAACGACUACGCAAAAACCUGCAACGACCACAACAGCUGCCCCAACAACGACAAAAGCCCCCACUACAAAAGCUAGCACCACCAUUGCUACUACUAUGGCUGAGUCUGAAUGCGCUCCUGUCAAAGACAAAAGCACAAAAUGCUCGUCAUACAAGAAGUUCUGCCAGAACCCCAAAUACAAAGCCAAGCUCGCAUCGCAAUGCCCGGCAACGUGCAACGUCUGUGUCAAGUCAAAACCAGAAGCCAAAGCCCCAGCUUCAACUGGCGCCGUGUGCAAGGAUAAUGUUCCCGCUCAAUGUCCAAAAAUGAAACGAUACUGUGGCUCCGCCAAGUACGAAAAGGUUCUCAAGCAAAAAUGCAGCCUCACUUGUGGAUUCUGCACUGCUGACGGUUCUGCUCCAACUCAAGCUCCUGCCGCGUCCGAAAAAUUCGGAAAAUGGUCAGUUAGCUGGUCCAAGUGCAACAGUAAAUGCAAGCAGUACAAAGCCCGAAAGUGCCUGCAAGCUCCUUGCCCGAAGACCCAGCUCUAUCAGUUCCGAGAUUGCCCGGCUGAGGAAAACCAGAACAUCCCCGCGUGCAGUAGCUCGGGCGCCGCUAAGCCAGCUGCGAAAACGUGCUCGAACCGCGCUGGUGCCAACUUUUGCACUGUUUGCCGAGAUAAGUCCCCACAGUGCAAAAAAUACGCUUCGAAAUGUGGCAACGCUCAAAUUUUGAAAACUUGCCCGGCUACAUGUGGCAAAUGCGGCGAAGGAGAACGAAAAAGACGUCGACGACGAUCGAUCUUUGACAUUUUGAAGCCAAAAAAGACAUCUGAAACGUGCUUCGAUAAAAUUGCCUGUCAGCAGUUUGUCCGACAGGGUUUCUGCAAAAGCUCUUCCGCUCUUAUUUUGCGAACGAUGCAAAGUAGCUGCGCCAAGGCUUGCGGCUUCUGCAAGCCCAAGCCCGCAUGUAUUUGGAAUUCGUGGAUGUCUUGGACCAGUUGUUCGCGUUCUUGCGGGACUGGGGCGCAAACUAGGUCUAGGAAAAUGAUCGGAUCUGGUUGCAUCGGAUCACCGAUUGAAACUCGACAGUGUAAUAUGCAGAGUUGUCCUACUCCUCCUCCAACUACUACCAAGCCGGCGCCAACGCCAAACAAUAAGUACCAAGGAGAAUGCAAAGAUGAAGAAACCUGGUGCUCUGGAAUUGCCAAAUCUCAAUGCAGAUCAUCAAUUCAAGUCGCUGCUCGUUGUAGACAAUCGUGUGGACUUUGCAUUGCCGCUAUUUCUGCCCCUACCGUCGGCGGUGGCAAAUGGCAGCCAUGGACCGCAUGGACUGCUUGUUCAGGAUCUUGCAAAGGUGGAUUCAAAAAAACUCGUGAAAGACGUUGUGGUGAGUACGGUCGAAAAUGCGAUGGAAGCAGCUCGGAAACAAUUCCAUGCUCGAUCGGCUUUGACUGCUACGUUGAUGAGUUCUUCAAAUGCGCGGAUAAGUCGGACAAUUGUAAUGAAUACGCGCUGGAAGGUCGAUGCUUUGAUAAUCAGUACAGAGAUUGGAUGAAUAACAACUGCGAGGCGAGCUGUAGGCUUUGUAUGGGACUUAAUAUUCAAUGGAGUGAGUGGAGUAAGUGUGAAGUACCCGGUGGUGUUUGUGGAAACGGCAAGAGAAAGCGCAGCCACGAUACGACCACGAUGGUUGAGAAUUGUAACAUUCCAUGCAAGGACAAAUCAGCCUCUUCCAGAGCCGACUGUAAAGACAAACAUCCUUAUUGCCCUAAUCUAACAACUCACUGCGAGAGCAAAUCCGUCCAGAGCGCUUGUCAGUUCACGUGCAAUUCAUGUCCCGCCGAUAUCCCAGUUGAUAACACUUGUGUCGACAAGAAUUCCUAUGUUUGCUCUCAAAGCGCUAAUUGCAAGAAGGAAGAGUUCCAGUAUCUCUGCCCUAAGACGUGCAAUACCUGCAUGAAAGCUGCGAAGGAAUCCGUCGAUAACUCAUCACUUGAUGCUGAUAGCACCAGAAGCAAUUGUAAAGAUCUUUCACCAGCUUGUAAAGGCGCUGGAAUCAAAGCUCAAUGCACCAACAAUCUCUGGCUGAAGAAAAAUUGCAGAGAAACAUGCGGAACUUGUGGAAUGUCUGAAGAAGCCAUGACUACGAAGGCUCCAAUGACAACGAUGUCUCCCAUUUGUAUGGACAAAUCUAGGGAAUGUCCAAGGUGGAAGUCAAUGUGCCAGACACAAAGGGAGAUUCUCGAGACCAAAUGCCCUGUUACUUGUGGAGUUUGCGUUCCAGAGACUACCAAAGCCCCCCUAACGACUACAACAACCACAAAAGUUGCAACUUCGCCAAAAACGAUGAACUGUCUCGACGGACCCUUGUGCUCUCAUUACGCAGGAAAUUGGGAAAUUAACUGUCGGGACUCUCAGGAUUUCCGAGACACCUGUCCAACCUUGUGCAAGAUUGAUGUCUGCGCAGAGUACUGGGAUGAAGAUCUUAUUCCUGAAAACACUGACGAGCUUGAAAAGAGAUGGCGAGCUUGGGAAGAGUGGGGCGCCUGCUCGGUCUCUUGCGGUGGUGGAGAAAGAACACGAUAUAGAACUUGUAAAGCACCCGUUUAUAAGCCCUGUACAUACGGCUCUGAUAGCGAUACUGGGCUUUGCAAUAAGAUCUCAUGUACGACUACGCAAGCGGUCAUGACUACUCCCAAACCCACUGUUUGCGAGGAUCAGCCAUUCUGCGAUGGAAUGGGUGUGAACUUCUGCUCCGACCCGAACAUCGCAUCAGGCUGUCCAAAAAUGUGCGACAACUGUCAACCCUACUAUGGUGAAUGGGGCGAGUGGAGCACCUGCACUGCCACUUGUCGUGGUAGCGGUUCACGUACCCGCUCACGUGAAUGCAUUCAAGUUAAUGAAGACAAACCGGGCAAAUGCGAAGGUGACGCUUCUGAAACUGACGAUUGUCCCGACAUUGAAAUUUGCUUCUACGAGUGGACAAAAUGGACUGAGUGCGACGCUGAUUGCGGAAAUAACUCAACUCAGACCCGACAACGUGUUUGCAACGAGCCAGAGGACUGUGAGUGGGUGGAAAAGGAGUCCCAGGAAUGUGCCGGCGCCUGCGUUUUUAAUGAAUGGUCAGAAUGGAGCGAUUGCUCGGCUACCUGUGGAAACGCAACUGCGACGCGCUCUCGCGAUUGCCCAGUAGAAGGUGCUUGCGGUGAGAAAUCAAGUGAAACGAUGGAUUGCGAGCUUGAUGAGUGCGCUGAGUAUCUUGACUGGUCAGAAUGGUCUGAGUGCUCCGUUUCAUGUGGUGGUGGAGAAAUGCGACGAGAGCGAGAAUGUUCGAUUGAAGGAGAAUGCGCAAGUCUUGGUGCUCCAAGCGGAGUUAUGGCUUGUAAUGAAGAUGCUUGCCCUGUUGUUGCUGAAUGGGGCGAGUGGAGCAGUUACUCACCUUGCUCAGAAAGUUGCGGAGUCUCAUUCAAGACCAGAUCGCAUGAAUGUGUCAAUGGGGCCAUUGGCUCUGACGGGUGUCCUCUGGACGAUUAUGUAGAAGUCUCAGCAUGUCUUUACACGCCGUGCGAAACGUGGUCCGAGUGGUCCGCCUGUAGCGCCGAAUGUGGCCAAGGACAUCGUGAACGAUCUCGCGGCGAAGACGUCGAAACCAUAAAUUGUUACGCUGGGCUGUGCAGCGACGUCGGCGAGUGGACCGAGUGGGAGAUUAGGGAAAACAACUGUGAAAUCACUUGUGGCGGCUACAAACUCCGGGAACGACAGUGUAUCAAUGGAAUCCCCUCAGAAGGUGGCUGCCAAGGCCCUUCCUCGGAAACGAUCGAGUGCGAGCCAUGCGGUGAGUGGAACGUCUGGACCAGCUGGUCAGAAUGCAACAAAUCCUGCCACACUGACGGCGUCAAGGGAAUCAGAAGCAGAUCUAGAAAGUGCAUGGGUGGACGAUGCAAGGCCGGAGAUGCUGAAGAAAUCAUCAGCUGUGUCACACCUGCGUGUGACUUUAAACCAACUCUGAGAACGACUACGGAAUGGGAAACGACUUCGACCAGCACUCAAACGACUUUCCAGAUCACUACAACUGAAGCUGUUCCUGUAACGACGACGACCACCACCGUAGAAUCAACAACGACAGCUGAAAACACCGAUACAACAGUGCUCGAAGCGGAACUUGACCGUCUCUUCGAUAGCAUUACUUUUGGGCAACCAGAUUGCGAUGUCGUGGAAUUAUCAGAAGAGCCAACUAGUUUCAUCUCUAGCAGCUUCAGACAAACUGAAGAAGGAAAACAGUCGUUCCAUGCGACAGAAGCAUUAUCAAGUGGUUGGUGCGCCGAAGCAAGUGACUCGGAUCAAUGGCUCGUUAUCGAUUACUCCUCAGAUGUCGACAUCGUUGGUGUCAAAUUUAACAUCGUCAAUGAAAAUCUUACGAAUCCAUUCGACUCAGAAACUCAAUCAAUGCGAUACAUGACUAAAAGCGUCAAGAUUGAAUACAACCAAGACGGACAAUGGACUCCAGUUCAGUCAGUCGAUUCUGAUACUAUUUCAGUUUUCAGUGAUCAGCACAUGGCCGAUCCAUUUGGAAAACCAUCAGUUGAAAGACUUUGGACCAAAAAAAUCACUACUGAUCGAAUCCGCAUCAGCAUUGUUUCCGUUUACGGGCGAACUGCCUGUUUGAACUUCCGAGUCCUUACUUGCGAUGAAGCUCCAGCAAUCGAAGCUAAUUUUGGCUUGCCACCAUUCGCCAUGGGAGCAAAUCCCUUCGCCGGUCCGUUGAGCGAAAACACUUUUAGUGCCCCAAGCUUCGCCACUGAAGACUCAGAUAAUGUUCUCUCCGAUCUUGGAUCUAUCGAAUUAGAUGGAUCUGGAGAUGAGUUUUAA